AUGGAUGUCUUGGUGCGGACCCUGGCUGGCCGGGAGUGCCGCAUUCGGCUCCCAGACACGGCCACCGUCCUCGACGCGAAGCUGGCGCUUCAGACCGCCCUGGAGGUACCCCGCAAGGAACAGCGCCUUCUGGCGGGGACCUCGGUGCUGCAGGAGGAGGAGCUCCUUCUGAGGACGGCACAGAAGGCUGAGGCCGUUGACGACACCGGCACCGUUCAGCUCUCCUUGAUCCGUUUGGACCCUCAGCGCCCUGGCCUCCUGGAGGGCCUGGCAGGUGGCUGGCUUUCACUGCAAGACCUCUCCGAGGAGCUGCGGGGCGACCGCGAGAUCGUCUUGGCGGCCGUGGAGAGCUGCGGAUGGGCGCUGGAGUUUGCAUCCAGCCUGCUCCGCACGGAUCCUUCCGUGGUACUGCGGGCGGUGCGCAGCGACGCCCUGGCUCUGGAGUUUGCCAGCGAGGCUCUCCGACGAGACAGCGGCAUUGUCUUGGAGGCUGUGAGUCGCAAUGGCUGGGCGCUUUGCUUUGCCUCGGAAGAACUCCGUCGCAGCCGCGAGAUCGUCAUGGCUGCCGUCGCCAGCAUCUGGGGCAUGUGA